ACUGGUUACAUUUUCAUAUAUUCGUCGCGAAUGCAGGUUUCUACACUCGUACUGUCGUUGUCCCAUGUAUUCUCCUGUCGGCGUUGAUGGUGCUCGUCUGUUGGCUUCAUCCAGCGUCUGGUGAGAAGGUGACCUUGGCGGUCAGUAACCUUCUGGCGUUGAUCCUCUUCCAGCAGCUCGUGGCCGAUAGACUGCCACCAAGCGGUGAGACUACGUCCAUCAUUGUGAUUUUCUUCACCGUGAUGAUUGGGUUGAGUUCUGCUGAGGUGGUGUGCUCCAUCAUUGUCCUGCGACUCUACCACACCGGUGGAAGGCGGCCGAUACCCAACUGGUUGAGACGCACGAUGCUGCACCCGUUCAUCAUGCGUCUCUACACGAACGCAGAGUGUACCGCCAUGCUGCGAGCCGAGGAUAAGGAUAACGAACUCCUGACUAUGAAUUCAGUAAGUAAUCCGACUCCACAAAACCACACCAACAUUUCAACACAAAACCAAGAACACGGGAUGCACGAGGAAACGGAAAAGAAUGGUGUCGUGCAAACUAUGAGUCAGUUGCCUAAAUUCGACACUGUAAGCAUGCGCAGUGACCUGGAAUUGGUUAGCAGGACGUGGCAGGAAGUGGCCAUCGUCUGCGACAAGGUUUUGUUUAUCCUUCUGCUACUGGUCACUUUAGUCACUUGGUUGUAUGUACUUGUUUGCCUUCUGAUGUAGAAAUGAUAACGGUAGGAGAAGAUGAGGAUUGCCUCUACCACUUAGAAGUCACGGAGGGCAAAUUUAUAUUUCCGCUUUUGCUGCUGGUCACUUUUUAUGUGGUUCGGAUG